AUGGCCGAACAGAACACCUGUCAUUACAAUGAGACGAUGAAGUUCUUUUACAACCAGAGCGGAGGUGAUGAUAAAUGGGACACCACUCAGCUCAUCCUGGUCCAGGUUGUGGGCUCCAUCUUCUGCUGUUUCAUCCUGGUCUCCAAUGUUAUGGUCAUAGCUGCUGUCAUUACCAAUAAAAGGUUUCAUUAUCCUUUCUACUAUCUCCUUUCCAACCUGGCUGCCUCGGACUUCCUCGCAGGGAUAGCGUACGUGUACCUCAUGUUCAACACGGGCGAGGUGUCACGGCAACUUACUGUCACUGGUUACUUCAUCCGCCAAGGUCUUCUGGACAUCAGUCUCUCAGCUUCACUGGCAAACCUGCUAGUCAUAGCUCUGGAGCGCUACAUAUCUGUUAUGAGCUGGAAAGUUCACAGCAACCUGACGAAGAGGAGGGUGACGCUGCUUAUUGUGCUGGUGUGGGCCAUUUCCAUCUUCAUGGGGGCUGUGCCCAGUCUGGGCUGGAACUGUAUCUGCAACCUGAACACAUGCUCCAAGCUCGCUCCCAUCUUCAGCAGGAGCUACUUGAUCUUCUGGUCUGUCUCUAACCUGGUGGUGUUCCUCAUCAUGGUGUCCAUCUACCUGAGAAUCUACGCCUACGUUAAAAAGAAGACGGCGAUGCUCAUGCCACACACCUCCGGCUCCAUCAACCGCAAGAGGACACCCAUGAAGCUCAUGAAGACGGUCUUGGUUGUGCUUGGGGCCUUUGUAAUCUGCUGGACUCCUGGCUUGGUGGUUCUGCUGAUGGAUGGCCUUAACUGUGAGAAUUGUCACGUCAUGAAGUUAAAACGCUGGCUCCUGCUCCUGGCUGUACUCAACUCUGUCAUGAAUCCCUGCAUCUACUCUUACAAGGAUGAGGAAAUGUGGGCAACUUUUAAGAACCUCAUGCGCUGCAUUGGCAACGGCACUCGUCGGCAGAGGUCAACAAAUGCCAACUCCAGGCCACUGAGCUCUGGGCACGACACGGGCAACAGCCAGCCUCCCUCAGAAGAGAUGAAGAAUGAUGAGAGUAUACUCAAGAACUGA